AUGAAAAAUAGAAUAGAGAGAUGCAAAAUUAAAGUGCAACAGAAGUGGGGGUUACUUGACGUAAGGGAUUUUAAGCAUUUAAAAACGACUAAAAUAUUUUCAGAAAUUUUCAGAAAUUCCUUACUUGUUACUAAUAAUAAUCUCAAGAAUUUACGUGGUUGCUUACAGUUUUAUAAUGUGUUCAAUUUCUAUUCCUGUACUUCAAAAUUUUACGAUCUUUUAAAGUAUAAGUCAGAUAAUUAUUGGGUUUUAGGCGUGGAAAGGCCUCGAUCGCCUAAAAAUAGUAGCAAUUGUUAUCCAUUUCUAAAUAAUGUAGAUCUGUUGCUAACAGUAAGAAAGAUCAGGCUCGUUCAGCUAAUUGAAACUGACUGUUUCAUGACGUUUAAAUGUGAAACCUUAGUCAUCAUUGGUUUGUAUUGCACAUUGGAUCAGAAUUGA